UACCGAAUCGAUCACUACACAAUAUGAAAACAAGACUACUGCACCUCAUCGUCGCCUGUUCAUUGCUCCUGGGAACAGUCACCUGCUCAAACUCAACCGACGACGGCUCCAGCCUCCGAACCCAGAGACAGAACAAUGGCAGCAGCAGCCGAACGAACCCAGGACGCAUCGUUUGCUACUACAGCGCUUGGGCGCUGUACCGACCGGAACCGAUGAAUUACGACAUCGAGGACAUACCGCUGGACAAGUGCACCCAUCUUAUCUACGCCUUCGUCGGUCUUAGCAACCAGACGUGGGAGCUCUUCAGUAUUGACCCGGAAUAUGAUUUCAACAAAGGCGGAUACCGGCGGUUCACCGCGCUGCGCAAGAAGAACCCGCAGCUGAAGACUCUUCUGGCGGUUGGCGGCUGGGCCGAAGGCGGCAAGAAGUAUUCGGAGAUGGUCAGCACCACGGGUCGCCGGCACACGUUCAUCAAUAGCGCUCUCAAGUGGGUACAGACGUACGGUUUCGACGGCUUCGACCUUGACUGGGAAUACCCGGGGGCCUACGAUCGUGGCGGUGCCUACUCGGACAAGGCCAACUUUCUCCUGUUGGUCAGGGAACUAAGGUCCGUCUUCAACCAAUACAGGUUGCUACUGACAGCGGCUGUGCCAGUUGCUAAGUUCCGUCUGCAAGAAGGCUACGAAGUGGCAGAGCUUGGGGAGCUUCUGGACUGGAUAAAUGUUAUGACCUAUGACCUGCGUGGAAACUGGGCAGGAUUUACGGACGUCCACAGCCCUCUAUUCAGAAGGUCGUUCGAUGAGUGGGCUUACGAAAAGCUUAACGUUCACGAUGGACUACAACUGUGGAUGAGCCUGGGAGCUCCGCGGGAGAAACUGGUUGUAGGCGUUCCCUUCUAUGGCAGGACUUACACGUUGAGUGACAAGUCGAAUACGGGACUUAGGGCUUACAUCAACAAAGAAAAAAACGGCGGUAUCCCUGGACCGUACACGAACGCUACUGGUUUUCUUGCCUACUACGAGGUCUGUCCCCAUGUGAACUCUGGAACAUGGACGAAGAAGUUUGACGAUGUUGGCAAGUGUCCAUACGCCUACUAUGACAACCAGUGGAUCGGCUACGAGGAUCCUGAAAGUAUUUCCAUAAAGAUGGACUACAUCAUGGGCCAAGGCUACGGCGGCGCCAUGAUCUGGGCCAUCGACAUGGACGACUUCCAGGGUGUGUGCGGUCGCAAGAACGCGCUGAUCAACGUCAUCUACGAGAAGCUGGCCGACUACGACGUGCCUCUGCCGGAGCCCACAACGACUCCGGUGCGCUCGACCUUCGACGACGGCCAGUGGAAGCCGACCACGACUCCGCUGCCCAGCACGGAGCCGACCACGCCCAAGAUAGCCGUAACAAAGAGUUACCCGCGAGACUGCGACAGCCCCACCAUUUCCUUUAUCCCGCACGAGAACGACUGCACCAAGUACUACUGGUGCGUGUACGGGACGCCCAUGGUGAUGUUUUGCGAGGGAGGCACCGUGUGGAACCAGGACAACGGCAACUGCGACUGGCCCGAGAGAGUGGACAGGCCCGAGUGCAAGCACAUCACGAGAAAACCCAAGCGGCCGCACAAGGACAUUGAAAACGAGAGCGCGUACCGCGCGACGGCCGACACGAGACUCGAGGAUUCGGUGUCACUCCGCACUUGGAGGACCACGGAGGAGAACAUGUGGUUCACGGUGCCGCUGCUGAUAUGCCUACCAGCUGUUUUUCUGCAGCCAGCAGCUGCAGUGAGCAAAGGCAGCGAUGCAAUUCAGGGCAUCAAGAUUCCUCGCAACAAGUUCGAGGUGCCCGUGGUGUGCUACUACUACGGCUGGGCAAGCCGGCGCCCUAGUCCCAUGAACUACCAGGUGGAAGACGUCCCGCUGGACAUGUGUACCUUCGUGGUGCUGGCGUUUGCCGGCAUCGACGACAAAACCUUCGAGCUGAAGAGCAUGAUUCCGGAAUACCAGGAAGAUAGCCAGAGAUACCUGAAUUUCACCAACCUCAAGACCCAACACCUCUACCUGAAGACCAUGUUGGCUGUCGGUGGAUGGCACCUGGGCGGCGAGGUUUUCUCCAAAAUGGUCAGCACACCGGAGAGCCGUGCAGCGUUCGUGUGGAGUGCCCUACGCUGGAUGCUGGACUACAAGUUCGACGGCCUCGAAAUCAUCUGGAAGUACCCAGGUUACGAGAAACGGGGCGGAAGGCCACAGGACAAGGAAAACUUCGCGCUCUUGCUAAAGGAGCUCAAAGAAGCCUUUGCAGCCCAUCCUCUCUACUUGACGGCUGCCGUUCCCUUGGAGGAGAACUAUCUGGACGAUGGCUACGACAUUCCUAAAAUGCAGCGACAUGUCGACUGGUUCAACGUCCUUGCCUACGACCUCCGUGGGCCCUGGAACCGGUUCACGGACAUGCACAGCAUUCUGUACAAGAGGGCGGCAGACUCGCCCUAUUUCCAAGAUCUCACCAUCGCCGAGGGCAUGAAGCGGCUGGUGCGCAUGGGCGCCCCAAAGCAGAAACUGAUGCUGGGCAUGGCCUACUACGGUCGCACGUACGUGCUACGUGACUCCAAGAAGAACGGGCCCAAGGCCCGCAUCAUACCUAACGGCAAACCGGAAGUAGGCCCUUACGUUGGAUCUGAUGAGCUCAAGGGGUAUUACGAGAUAUGUCAAGACGUCAAAUCAAAUGGCUGGACACGCAAGUUCGACAACGAAGCCAAGUGUCCUUAUGCCUUCAAAGGGGACCAGUGGGUCGGCUACGAAGAUGAGGAAAGCGUUGCUAACAAGAUGGACUUCAUCUUACGCGAGAAAUAUCGCGGAGUCAUGGUGUUCAACAAUGACCUGGAUGACUUCCGCGGGGUGUGCGGUCCCAAGAACCCCCUCAUGACGGUCAUCUUCAACAAGGUCGGAGAGAAGGCGCUCAGAGAGAUCAGGGCCAACCAGAUACGGUCCACGCCUAACAAAGAAACGGCCACUCGUCGGUGUCUGCGGCUAUCGUUUAAAUGUAUAGAGCAUCUCCAAGUUGGCUCUCACGGCUCGUUUACUCGUUGUUUUGGUGAGCGUGAACGCAACGGGGUAACAACUUUGUGGCUGCGCGGUUCUACAAGGACAAACGCAAUCUAUCCGCUUCGGAACAUGCGAGAAGUGUUGCGAGGAUUCCUGGACUCUUUCCUGCGCAAUCUUGAGAGCAUAGAAAACACUCGGCGUCAUCGUGUUGCGCUGCUGAUUCUCCUGCUCGCCGCCCUUCAACAACCGGCGUCAGCGGUGACCAGUGGCCGUGAUGCCGUUGAAGGAGUCACGAUUCCUCGUAACAAGUUCGAAGUUCCUGUGGUGUGCUACUACUACGGCUGGGCCAGCCAGCGUCCAAGUCCGGCAAACUACAGCAUAGAAGAUGUACCGCUGGACAUGUGCACGUUUGUCGUCCUUGCCUUCGCUGGCAUCGACAACGAGACCUUCGAGAUUAAAAGCAUGAUUCCAGAAUACGAAGAGGAUGAACGAAAGUACCUGGGCUUCACCGACCUCAAGAACCGUCACUUGUACCUGAAGACGAUGCUGGCCGUCGGGGGUUGGGAUCUGGGAGGCGAGGUGUUCUCGGACAUGGUCAGCAGGCCUGAAAGACGGGCUGCGUUUGUCGAGAGUGCCGUCCGCUGGAUGCGCGACCACGAAUUUGACGGCCUCGAAAUUUUGUGGAAAUAUCCCGGAUACGAAAAGCGUGGCGGUAAGCCGCGGGACAAGCGCAACUUCGUGCUCUUGCUCAAGGAGCUGAAAGAAGCCUUCGCUAAAUACCCCCUCUACUUGACGACGGCCGUUCCACUGGAAGAAAACUACCUUGAUGGUGGAUACGACAUCGCAAACAUGGAGAGAUAUGUCGACUGGUUCAAUGUCCUUGCGUACGACCUCCGGGGUACCUGGAACCGGUUUACCGACGUACACAGCAUAUUAUACAAAAGAAGAAAUGACCCGCCAUACUUCCAAGACCUUACCAUUGCGCAGGGAAUGAAACGGCUCGUCCGCAUGGGCGCUCCGAAGCGGAAGCUGAUGCUGGGCAUCGCUUUCUACGGUCGAUCGUACGUGCUUUUGGACGCCGGGGAUCACGGAGUCAAGGCGCGCAUCAAAUUCGACGAGCAAGCCGAGGCGGGACCCUACGUUAAUUCCACUGAACUGAAGGCUUACUACGAGAUAUGCAUGGACCUCAAGAAGGGUGGCUGGACGCGUGAAUUUGAUAACGUAGCAAAGUGUCCUUAUGCCUACAAGGGGGAUCAAUGGAUUGGCUAUGAAGAUGAAGAAAGCGUAGGUCACAAGAUGGACUUCAUCCUACGAGAAGGCUAUCGCGGUGUCAUGGUGUUCAACAACGACUUGGAUGAUUUCCAGGGGCUUUGUGGUCCCAAGAACCCACUGAUGACGGUUAUAUUUAACAAGGUCGGACAGAAGGCACUUCAAGAACUCAGAAAUCAAACUCGUAGUCAGCAACCGGAAGUAACUACUACGACCACCACUAUGCUUCACAUUUUCUUCUGUGGCUUCCUGCUGAGUCACGUGCUUCAGACUGUCCGUCCAGAUGACGACUUCAUCAGAAACGGCGGCAGCCCCGUGGUGUGCUACUACGCCGGCGUGGCAGCCGACCGUUUCAGCCCGAUGAACUACCGCAUCCGGGACAUCCCGGGUGAUCUGUGCACGCACGUGAACCUCAACUACGCCGGUGUGGACAAGGACACGUUAGGAGUGAAGGACCUCAUACCAGCUUACACGAACAAUUCACAUUACAAAGACUUCACGGCCAUCAAGAAGAAGUUUCUAUUCGUCAAGACACUGAUCUCCCUCGGAGGCUGGGAGCACGGUGGAGAGUCGUUUUCGUACGUUGCAGCAGACCGGAGCAGGCGGUGCAAUUUUACGAGGAAUUUGUACAAGUUUCUUAAGGACAACGACUUCGAUGGAGUCGACAUCGACUGGAGGUUCCCUGCGAGCGCAGACAAAAACGGAAAGCCCGAGGACAAAGAGAACUACGUCUUGUUUCUGAAGGCUCAAGGGCUCAAGCGUCUUGUCGAGCUUGGAGCUCCCAAGAAGAAGCUCGUCCUCGGCAUUCCGUUCUUUGGCCGCAGCUACGUGCUGGCGGACAAAGAGAAGCACAAUGUCGGAGAUCCCAUUAGGGACAUUCCAGCAGCGCCAGGACCCUUCAUCGGUAGCACGGAAAUCUUGGCUUACUACGAGAUAUGCACCAACAUUGAAGAUGGAAUUGCAACGCGAGCAUUUGACAAUGAGUCAAUGUGUCCAUACAUGUACUAUGAAGACCAGUGGGUGGGUUACGAGGACGAAGAAAGCGUUGGCAUCAAGGUUGAUUUUGUCAUCAAGGAAGGCUACGCCGGAGUUAUGGUGUUCAACAACGAUAUGGAUGAUUUCAACGGCGUCUGUGGCACAACGCAUCCGCUGCUCAAACUGCUUCAAUUGGGCGUACUUCUUCGUAUGUUUCAAGCGGCCGUCUUCAUCGAAAACUUCAGCCACGGACGAAUGCUUCCCGUGGUGUGUUACUACGAGAAAGGACAGGCUCUCCGUCCUUUUCCCAUGAACUAUGACAUCGACGACGUGCCUGGGCACCUUUGCAGCCAUGUGAACCUGGCUUACAUCACGCUCAAUCACACCACGUACACUAUCCACGAGGACAACACAAUCAAGUUCGCAGACUUUGCAAAGUUGAAAACGAACUUCACCAGGCUGAAGACGUUCAUUUCGAUCGGAGGGUGGAACAACCAAACGCAAGUCAUAUCGGCCAUGGCUUCCAUGGCGGACCGGCGGAAAGCUUUCAUCAACGACACCGUGAGGCUGCUCGUGGACCACAACUUUGACGGUCUGGACAUUUUCUGGCUUUUCCCUGGAUCCGUUGACCGAGGCGGAAGCAUCGAGGACAAGGUCAACUUCGUCAGACUUUUGGAGGAAUUGUACGCUGCCUUCAGAGUGCACAAGCUCCUGCUAACGGCUGCCGUUCCCAUUAACCAGCAAAUACUGGAUAACGGUUACGACAUACCAGAGAUUAACAGAUGUCUUGACUGGAUGAAUGUCAUCGGUUAUGACCUCAGAGGAUACUGGAAUGGAAGAACUGACGUUCACGGUCCUCUCCACCGGAGAAGCAUCGACGGAAACGAUACCGCGGACCUUAAUGUGGAAACGGGCCUUCAGGCACUGCUGGAUCGCGGAGCUUCGAAACGGAAGCUGGUGCUGGGCGUGGCCUUCUAUGGGCGCGUUUACAAGCUGGCCAACCCAAAGGAAGCCGGCCUGCACGCGCCUAUCGACUUCAUCAACAAGCCGGAAAGGGGUGCCUUCCUCAUGAGCGACAACAUACAUGCCUACUUCGAGGUUUGCAAGAACAUCAAGUUUGGCUCGUGGAAUCGCAGCUUCGACUCAGAAGGAAUGUGCCCGUACGCAUCUAAUGGCCGGGACUGGGUGGGCUAUGAAGACGCGGAGAGCAUCUCCAAGAAGGUCGAGUUUGUCCGGAGGGAAGGCUACGCAGGCAUAAUGGUCCUUAGCUGUGACAUGGACGAUUUCCGUGGAGUAUGCGGAACGCGCAACAUCCUGCUACAAACGAUCAAUGACGCCAUACCGAGGCUAAGGAACACCGUUAUUUUGAGAAAUGUUGAGCAAGAAAGAGCGCUAGUGCGCUCGAUUCUCGUCGAAGCGAACCACGCUGCAUUUCGCACUGCUUCAGCUCUAAACUCAGGUCAACGCAUCGCCAUGGAGCUGCUCACGCUCCCGCUCGCCUUACUACUGACCUGCGCCUUGGCAAUGCCUCAGCAGAACGGAAGCGGAUCAACAUCUUCAACGACAAGCACGGCGUCGAGCUCUUCAUCAACUUCGGCUUCAGCUAACGCUACCACAGCGAGAACACGGUCGGACACGCAUUCGGCUCCGGCGCCAGUGGUCUGCUACUACUACGCCUGGGCCAACGCUCGACCUCACCCAGCCAACUACGGCGUCAAGGACAUCCCCGGAGACCUGUGCACGCACGUCAACUUUGCCUAUGCGGGCGUCAACCCUCAAACCUGGGAACUCCGGAGCGAGGUGCCCGAGUUCGAGAGCAACAGGGAUCUCUUCAAGAACUUUACGGCCAUAAAGACCCAGUAUCCCCAGCUGAAGACCCUUCUGUCGGUCGGCGGCUGGCAGCACGAGAACGGAGUGUUCUCCCAGCUCGUCGCGAGCGCAGACAGGAGGGCGCUAUUCAUUGAGAGCGUCCUGCUGUGGAUGAAGGAGUACAACCUGGACGGCGUCGAUAUGGCCUGGCGCUUCCCCGGAGUCUCCUACCGUGGAGGAUCGCCACGCGACAAGGAAAACUACGCCAGUCUCAUCAGGGAGCUGGCUGGCGCUUUCCAAGGCAAAGACUUGCUGCUCACGGUCGUCGUGCCAGUUUCCGACGAAUUCCUUGAUCCCGGAUACAAUGUUGCCGAAAUGUCCAAGUACGUCGACUGGAUCAAUGCACAGGCCUACGACCUUAGGGGAGCUUGGAACGGAGUUACAGACGUCCACACUCCACUCUUCCCCCGGUCUAUCGACUUCGGACCGCAAGCGACAUUGAAUGUGAAAGACGGCCUUGCCCGAAUCGUGAGCCUUGGAGCGCCAAAGUCCAAGGUGGUGAUGGGUAUCGCCUUCUUCGGCCGGGGAUUCACGCUGCUCGAUCCGCAACAACACGGCCUCCACGCCCUCAUCAACCGCGAAGUGCCGCCGCACGCCGGACCCUUUGUCAGGAGCAACGAGAUCUUUGCCUACUACGAGAUUUGCCUCAACCUGAAAGGAAACUGGAAACGCGAGUUCGACGAUGAAGGCAAGUGCCCCUACGUCUACUACAGGGACCAGUGGAUCGGAUACGACGAUGCAGAGAGCAUUCAGCACAAGAUUGAUUUCCUGCUUCAAGAGGGCUACCGCGGUGUCUACGUCUUCAACAACGACCUGGACGACUUCCGGGGCUUCUGUGGUGAACCGAACAUUCUCCUCAAGACUAUCAAGAACGGUUUGACCGAGAAGAAUGAACUCGACGCCCGCGUAAACGAGAAAGUGUGACGUCCGCAGUCGCAGUCAGGACAGUGGCAACCUAGUCACAAUGUCAAGCACAAACCCUCGCAGCAAUGCUGCACCGCUGUCAUGUGAACAGACUGCACACUUUAUUUCUUUCACAUGUGUAUACAUCGGUUGUCUUUUCAUUUAAUACACCAAAGCGAG